AUGGAGAUGAUUGUGGCAGCUGCAGCAUGUAUGGUUGCACCGCUUGUUUACAGAUCAUUAAGGAAGCAUUUAUACACAAAAGUGAACUGCUGGUUUUGUCAACACGAUCAGCGUGUACCAUUUGAACAACGAAACUCGUUUACCUGCGCUAGUUGCGAGCAGUACAACGGGUUUGAUGAGUCUGGAGAUUACAAUCGUAAAAUACCUGGACAACACUGUGCGGUUGCGCUGAAACCGACAAGAAGGUUCUGUGCAUCAAAUGUGAGCGCAACUCGUCCAGAUGUAUCUCAAGAGGGUAAUGGUAACAAUGGCCUCUGUGACAACUGUAACCGCCAACAAGAAAUAAUUUUGAGACGUAUAGCUGAGUUUGAGCCGUCGGAUGAUAAUCAAUGGAACGAAGAAGUUGAGAUUUAUCGCUACAAAUUAAAUAAGGCAUAUCCGCUAUGCGUAAGAUGUACAUUCUUUGCUCAAGACAAAAUGCAAGAAGAAAAGAAGAGACAUGCGAACCUUCUUAGACUCAAAAACACUUUCGCGAACUCUGUUCGCAAUGACUUCACUUCGGCUGCGAAUGUAGCUGUAAAGAUAGCGACCAGACGGCGUCGGUUCUUCGCCGGUGGUUAUAUUGCGGAAACCAUGCAUUUUACCUCAUUCGUAUUGUCCACGUUGCUGUUCCUUUCACAAUUCAAUUUUCUACAAGAGGAGAUGGACUGGGAACCAUCGCUGAAUAGAGUUUCCUCAGAUGCAACCGUAGUUGGAGGCUUGCGUCCCUCUGAAGUAAUGAAGAGAUUGGCUCGCGAGUCAACUCCAAGUAGACAGCUUGCACCAUCUCUUGCAUCACUAUCAUUAUUAGGCGACAGCUACAAAACGAGAAGUGGUUUUGGAGUGGAAACUCAACGUCGUGGUCCUUUCUAUUCACCACAUUCCGUCUAUCAUUCCUACGCGCCUUCAAUCGCACCGUCUCGAUUUUCUGUACGUUUAGAGCUCUUGCAUUAG